GGGCCGUUGUCAUUAUUACCGUCGUCAUGUACCACAGCAGCACGCAGCGCAAGCACUGGAUCUUCUGCAGCGGGCAGGAGCUGGAGCGGUGCCGGGAGGAGGCCAACCGCAACUUCCACAGCAAGGCUGCGGCGACUGGGAAGGUCCAACAGAGCGACCUUCGGCUGCUGAAGCCCCAUGAGGAGCUGGCGAUAUGCAAGCACUACGAAAAGCGGCUGCUGGACUUCUGCUCCGUCUUCAAGCCUGCCAUGCCGAGAUCCGUGGUGGGAACAGCUUCCAUGUAUUUCAAACGUUUUUACCUCAAUAACUCAGUGAUGGAGUAUCAUCCUCGGAUAAUAAUGCUGACAUGUGUAUUUUUGGCCUGUAAAGUGGAUGAAUUUAAUGUAUCCAGUGCACAGUUUGUUGGUAACCUUCGAGAAAGCCCUGCCGGACAGGAAAAAGCUCUUGAGCAAAUACUGGAAUAUGAGCUACUGCUUAUUCAGCAGCUGAACUUCCAUCUUAUUGUCCAUAAUCCAUACAGGCCAUUUGAGGGAUUUCUAAUCGAUCUAAAGACUCGCUAUCCAGUGCUGGAGAAUCCUGAAGUUCUGAGGAAAACAGCUGAUGACUUCCUCAGUCGAGUGGCUCUGACGGAUGCAUACCUGCUGUUCAGUCCCUCACAGAUAGCUCUUGCUGCUAUAUUAUCCAGUGGUUCAAGAGCAGGAAUUAAUAUGGAAAGUUAUUUAUCAGAAAGUCUUAAGCUAAAAGAAGACAGAACAGCCCUGGCAAAGCUACUAGAUGGCAUGAAAUGCAUGAACAAUCUUAUAAGGAAAUAUGAGCUGCCAAAGCCUGAAGAGGUUGUUGCUCUAAAACAGAAACUGGAGAAGUGUCACAGCUUGGAUCUUUUACUUAAUACCAACUCGAAGAAGAGGAAAGGUUAUGAAGAUGAUGAAUAUGUUGCAAAGAAACCUAAAAUGGAUGAGGUCAGUAAACCUGCUCUGGAGCAUGCUGGAUAGAACUGCCUGGGAGAGGCAUGCAGGAAACAUUUAAAAUUAACCCAUGAAUCAAAACUUCAUUGGAGUCUCAUGCUAGACUAUGACCUACCUAGAGCAAUGCCUUUAACUGCACUCACAUUUAGCAGUGGCAAAGUCUGAGCAGGAAUUCAGAUUGUGGGGAAUCUCAGGGAAGAGACACCUUUAGUGUCAUUUAGCAGUUCUUGGCCAUGACCUUAGCUGAGGCAUGUCAUGAGAAUCUGAAGGGGAUCUUCACAAACGUGUUUCAUUGGGUGACUUCGGUGUAGCCUCCUUGUUUCCAGUUUGAGCUAGCCCUGUCAGUUAACCAGGCCUGGCAGCUGCUACCCAGGUGGCAGUAGAAUGGAGCCUACAAGUCAAGCAGGGCCUAGCGUCCUGACAAGAACAUCCUGACAGAACUUGGCAGGUCUGCCAAGUCAUGCAGAGAGGCGCUAUGCUUUAGAUCAGUCUGACACUGCUGUUUGAGUCUGUUACUGAUGGCAGGCACAGUUCAGAGUUGUGAAAUUGCUUGUGCUGCUUGAAUUGUGUUUGACUUCUAGUAGAGGUUUCUGUGACAGCAUAUGCUGUGCACCUACAUUUACAUGCUGCCUGAUACACUGUAGUAUAAAAUACACUAAAUUCACACACUGCUCAAGGUGUUGCUGUUUUUGCUUC